AAAAUCUGAACCCCUGCGUUCUGUAAAAUUCCAGAUGUUGAGUGUAGAAACGCGUCGCGUGUGAAAUCAUUCAUUCUGUGCUGGAUGCUCUCGGUUGGAGUGUUUGGAGAGGCAGGCAGUUUUGUACUCUGCUUCGCUGCUUUUCCAUUUUUGAAUACGAGUAUUAAUAUGCGCUAGACUAACUAGACGUCUUUAGACAGUUGAGUUUGCGUCUUUUGUUGGGUCUCGCGCAAGAACGGCGUACUUUUUGAACGCGAUGUCAAGUUAAAAUAAGUUAAACAUUUAAAAACACGUCUUGAGAUGUUUUUUUUGUUUUUGUUUUUUUUUUACAGCUCGCCUCACGUUUUCUAUUGCCCCCAACGUAGCUCUAUAGGAGGCAUUAUUUGAAUUCUUUUUAAUCGCGCUUUUUUUGUCGUAAUUAAUCGCAUAAAAAUGACACCUCUACUUAUUUUUGCUCCUCUUGCUGAGUCACAUUUAUUUCUUUUCUAAUGCUUUCUUUGUCUCUUUAGUUGUUCAGUUUCUGGCAGAGAUCCAUAAUUUCUUCUCUCUCGACCUCUCCUUCCUCCAGAAUUCUGCUGAAUCGUCUCUCAUUGUCAUUCGUACUCUUCCAUUGACCCCACUUCCACCAAGAGACUAUCCCCAAUUUAAUAUGACAACCAGUAGUUCAUUUUAGAGGAAGUAUUUUUUUAUGUCUGUUUGUUUUUUGGAGUAGCCUAGUAGUAAAUGCCCAUUAUUCAAAUUCUUGACUUUUUUUUUUCUAUUAUUUAAAUCUUAUAAAAUUAACCUUUUAAAUUCAGGGUCUAUUAGCUGUUUUUGCCAGACUUUUGCAUAAGUGAAUAUAGAAACGCUACAUCCACAGAUGAUUUAAAUAUCUCUUAUUGGUUGGUCUGCCUGGUCCUCAUUGCUUUUGAUUAGUCAGUCUGCUUUUCUUCCUGUUUCAGCCUGGCCUUGAGCCACACAUGUACUGAUUUUCAGUAUAUGUGUGUGUAAGCGUGUGAAUGAGGAAGUGUUUGUGGAUGUGUGUGAGAGAGCUUUGGUUUAGUACUGCUGAGUUGCCUGUUAUUCCAACCUCACUGUCACAUGCUCCUUCAGCAAGCCUCUUUUAGAACUCAUCAUGAAAACACCAGGUACCAGCUUAAGCACGACUCCAAUCCUGAUUGGAUGCUUAUCUCAGAAUGACAGCAGAAGACUCCGCCGCUGCCGUUGCUAUGAGUAACCCUAGCCCUUCUUCCUCUUCUAAGGCCUCCUCUGGGCAUCCGCAGCAUCACAGUGCCAUCCCAGAGGGAGUGGCUGGGGCCCCCAAUGAAGCUGCCCUUGUGGCCCUGAUGGAGCAAUCAGGCUAUGGUAUGGUGCAAGAAAAUGGACAACGCAAAUAUGGGCCACCACCUGGCUGGCAAGGUCCCUCCCCUCCACGUGGCUGCGAAAUCUUUGUGGGUAAAAUCCCACGUGACGUUUACGAGGACGAGCUGGUGCCAGUAUUUGAGACUGUUGGACGGAUCUACGAGAUGCGCCUAAUGAUGGAUUUUGAUGGGAAGAACCGCGGUUACGCAUUCGUCAUGUACACGCAGAAGCAUGAGGCUAAGCGAGCAGUUCGUGAACUCAAUAACUUCGAAAUUCGUCCAGGAAGGUUGCUAGGUGUGUGCUCUAGUGUAGAUAACUGCCGCCUCUUCAUUGGUGGAAUCCCAAAAACCAAGAAACGUGAAGAGAUCCUGGAAGAAGUUUCCAAGGUGACAGAGGGGGUGCUGGAUGUGAUUGUGUACGCGAGUGCUGCGGAUAAGAUGAAGAAUCGUGGUUUUGCCUUUGUAGAGUAUGAGUCUCACCGUGCUGCUGCUAUGGCCAGAAGAAAGCUCAUGCCAGGACGAAUUCAGCUCUGGGGUCACCAGAUUGCAGUUGACUGGGCAGAGCCUGAGAUCGACGUUGAUGAGGACGUGAUGGAAACAGUGAAGAUUCUAUAUGUGCGCAACCUGAUGAUAGAGACCAGUGAAGAUACUCUACGCCAAACCUUCAACCAGUUCAACCCUGGCUGUGUGGAACGUGUCAAAAAAAUCCGAGACUACGCCUUUGUUCACUUCGCCAGUCGAGAAGAUGCGGUGGUUGCAAUGGACAACCUGAACGGCACAGAGAUCGAAGGUUCCCGCAUCGAAGUGACCCUGGCCAAGCCUGUGGAUAAGGAGCAGUACACCCGCUAUCAGAAAGCAUCGAAGGGAACGCCGGCUGCGACAACUACUGACAACAGCCAACAAAGUUACGUGUAUCAGUGUGACCCGUAUACACUCGCUUAUUACGGCUAUCCCUACAGCACACUCAUUGGACCCAACCGAGACUACUUCAUCAAAGCAGGUACUGUAAGAGGCCGUGGCCGUGCUGGGGCCGUUAAUAGGGCCCCAGGGCCCCGCGGCUCAUACCUUGGUGGCUAUUCAGCUGGCCGAGGCAUUUACAGCCGCUACCAUGAAGGAAAGGCCAAAUUGCCGGACAAACCUUACGAGAUCAUGUCCAAUCUAGAGCUGGCAGCUGUGAACCAAGUGGGCAUCAAGCCUGGCACAAUGACUCUUCCAGGCCUCGGUGGCCAGUACCCUGCUGUGUUUUCUGCUGCCCCUGCAACUAAGUUAAUGGAGGAAGGGAAGAUGCACCCAGUGGAGCACCUGAUAAAUCCUUUGGCCCUCCAGCAUGACCCCACAGCUGCCUCGGCCACUGCAGCAGUCAUGCCUGCGGUCUCCACACCACCACCUUUCCAGGGUCGUCCUAUAACUCCCAUCUACGCUAUGGCUCAUAAUGUGCAGAGGAUUCCGGCUGCAGCUGCCAGUCUGUAUGGAGCCGGUUACAUGCCUAUCGCCACCCACGCCAACACCGCCACGCUGGCAGCGCUGCAGAAGAACGCUGCUAUGGCAGCCGCCGCAACCUAUGGAGGGUACGCUGGGUACAUGCCUCAGGCCUUCCCUGCCGCUGCCACCUUCCAGAUGCCCAUUCAUGAUGUCUACCAGACCUACUGAGACACCCACAGCAUCAAUCACAGUGACUUACAAUUACACACACUGCGUCGCCACAGGCCGUCAGACAUUUACGCCACAUCUCUGAGGUCUGCUGGUUAAUUGUACCACGCAGAGUGAAACUGACAUACAACAAAACUAACACAUUCUGACUCGUGUGAAGCUCCCUGGAAGCCUUUAGAUUAGAUGCUGGCAGCAAGGAUGUAGAUUUCUGCUAAAUUUAUUCACAACUUCAUCAGCCCCUCUGGCCCACAUUUAUUAAUCCAGACGUAUGACCUAGACAAAAACCACUUUUAUAUGCUACUGAUUAACUUACAAGACAGGUAGACUUUUGUGUUCUAAGUUAUGGACUCAAACCCUGCAAUGUGACCAGCACCUCACCUAUUUUCCCUUUAGAUCAAUAGGAAGCAGUCUGUCAGUUCAACAACACUUGCUGAUUUCCAAAGCCAUCACACGACUGAAUGAAUGACAACUCACACAUGUUCUCGCAUACUCAAUUGCAUAUUUUAUCAUUCUACAGAGGUCUUGUAUAUUAGCUGAUCACCAGUACAGCUGUAAACUGACUCCGAGUGAUGUGUUCAUAUGAAGUAAUUCAAAAUAAGACUCGCAGAAGAAGCACACCUACUGACUUAUCACCGUCUUCCCCACACACUCCAGCUGAGAAUCGUGAGCCAGAGCGUUCCUGUCGCCGCACACUCCUAAUACCACUCCUCUGCAUUCACGGCCACAAGAAUACUGAAGGAACGUUGUUGUACCUGUGGACUUUAAAAAGAACGUAUUUAAUUCCUCUGUAUGCUUUAGAGCAUUUAUUUUUGCUUUAUGAAGAAAAACUGUCAAAUGAACAAACCACUGCUGAGCAGGAACUUCAACAACCACAGAAGUAGAAGAUUGAAAGUGUUUCAUGAAAAUGCUGUAUUUUGAGUUUAUAACGUAUACUUGCAAAAUGUGUCGAAGACGUUGGAAUCUUCCGUCCACUGGGUUUCCUGCUCGCGAGUCUAUAUGCAAAUACCUGCAUUCAUUUAUUUGCUUAUGCAUUUUUAUAUUUCGAUUAUUUUAAGAUUGUACUGUUUAGUUGGUUUGAAGAUGUUGUUUUUAUUGUCUAGAGGAUAUUUUUCUUCUCUAAACUGGAAGAUAGACAAACACUGUUUUCAUUCACAUUCUCAGAGGCAAUGUAUUCAAGAAAAAGAAAACUGGAAAAAGAGAAGUUUUUCAUUCAGUCGGAUAUAUGCUGGAUAACAUUUGUUCCCCAUUAAAGGGAUAGUCCACCCAAAAAUGAAAUUGCAUAUCUUUCCAAACUUGUAUAACUUACUUUCUUUGGUGGAACAUGAAAGGUGUUAUUUUGAGAUAUCUCUCUCUCUUUUUUCUCUCCAUGUAAUGGAAGUCAAUGGUAACUAAGACUUUUAGGUUACCAAAAUCUACUUUUGUGUUCUACAAAAGAAAGAAAGUCAUUGAGGUUUGGAAUGACACAAAUAAAUCAUUUUCAAUGAUUUUCAGAAUUUUCAUUUUUGUGUAAACUAUCCUUUUAAUAUGUUUUAAAUGCACAAACUGGACUGGCAAAAAAAAGUAGCUGGGUUGAAGAUACAGCAUUAUUUAUGAUGACUUAGUUAUGCUUACUUGUACUCGUACUGGUUGUGUUUGUUGAUGACCAACCCUUAUUUUUCAGACCACUACUGUGAUUCCCAGCAUCCAGUCUUGUGAAGUCUUAUGUGCAUCAUUAGGAGAGCACAGGCUCCCUCAUAUCUGCUUUUGUGCCAUUAAUACAAAUUACACCUGAAGUACUGUCCCAUUUACCACUGAACCAGUUAUGUUCAUGUUGUUUAUUAACGGUCUUGAGUUGCAGACCUUGAGUUGCAGAAUAAAAUCAGGUUAAUGGCGCGAUACUCUCAUCCCCCCUCCUAAUUCCUCCUAUAGAUGCGCAGCAGAUGGUCCAUCGAGUUCUGUAGCUUUUGUUUUCUUUUGUAGUUCUAACCCUGCAUUUUUGUAGAUGGUAUGUGUUAGCAAUGAUGACUGUUCUGAGGUGCACUUAAACAUUUUAGGGUGUUAGAAGUUCUUGUGUAUGUAUAUGCUUUACAAUAUGUGUGUGAGCAGGCAAUUUUGUCUUUUUAGGGGUACUUUGAUACCCCUAGAACUGGAAUGAACUGGACCAAACUGAAACCAGGGAGCUCAGAGAACCUGUUAAUAUCCUCAUUGUCUUUUCAAUGACUGCUGUAUAUCAUAUUAAUGUCUGCUGUAUGCCACUACUAUGCCUUCUGUAGGACUGCGUAUGUCACAUGUGCCUUUAUUCAGACUGCUGUCUGUCAAGUGACCUCUUAAACACUGUUUGUGAUACCACAGUGCCUCUUCUGUCCUAUUUUCUUUCAGAAAGUCGUUUUUUUCUUCUUUUUUUGUGUUAUACUGUUGUUUCUGUGGGGGCUCUGAGUGUUAGAGUGCUGCUUUAUGUUGUAUUAUGCUUUCAUGUGUUUCAUGUUCUAACAGAGUUGAUGUUUUAUUAAGUAUAGCCUGUUUUUUUUGUUUUGUUUUAGAAGAGACUGAGUGAAAGUUUGGGGAAAACUUCACGAUGUACCAAACAAAGAAUGACAAUCCAUGCAGUUCACAUCACCUAAGCUAGAGACACAUUUUUACACACUGCUGCCAUCAUUGAGGACACUCUCUCUCGGAAAUGGCAUAUCUGUGGGUUUUUGAGAAAAGUGAACCAUCCCCAGUAGUUUUUCUCUUGUCUGUUAUCUAAUCUUUUAUUAUGAGAGAAGCAGUCAGGAUAUAUUUAAUAUAUACAGUACAAUGUUUUUGUGUAUGAAGUAAGAGGAAAUGCUAUAAUAUAUUUUAAGAAGAUAUUUCCAUCUCAUUAUAUGUGCUUUAGAGAAGUUUAACAACAAAAACGUUUUUGUUUUUUGCCAAAGUGUUCAACUAAUGCGAAUGUGUGUUUGUGUGGAUGUAUAAAUGUGGCUCUAAGUUGCCAGUGUGGAGUAAAUACUGGCCCAAAUUAAUCAUGCAUUCAUUGGCAAAACAUUCUUUCUUUUGCAAUCAUUUCAUAAACACUACAUGUGUAGCGUUUUUUUUUCCUCCAUUUUUAGACUUGUUUCUUGUUACUAAAAGACAAAUGAACAAGACAAGUUGACCUCGGCAGAGGACAUUUAGAUAAUGUAGAAUGUUAUUGCCAAAAUAGUCUUGUCUUUUUUUUUUUUUUAGAUCUACUUAGAACUGUUUUCUGUUUCGCAUUGUUUGUUUAAAGCUUUUUUGGCAUUGUUGUAUUUAUAGAGGUAGAUUAAUAAAGCAUUUUCAAAAAGAAAAGUUA